AUGACUUCCAGUCCGCGCGCAAAUCUUCAUUCGGCCGCUCACUACAUCCCACGAUCUCACCAGCGUCUUCCGCAAUACCGAACCAACACCACGAUCAUGGCUCAACAAAGGAAUGCUUCCCACACCCAACGCGAAUCUGUAUCUGAAGGAACAGAAGAGCGACGCAAUGAAACUGAAGGACGUGAAGAAGAAGAAAUGCCUCUCCCAUCGCAAGUAGAACAAUUCGAACGACACGAAGACUACCAAUCACGGAUCUUCCACGCCAAUCACAUUGCCAAAUUAAUGCGCACCAAGGCCAAACUUUUGAAAGCCGAGGAUCUUAGGAAUCUCUCAGAACUGAUCGAUCUGGUGUUGACUCUAAAACUUGAGGAGGCAGGAAUUGAUGAAGAAGAAAAAGAAGAAGAAGAAGACAUCCUAGGUGGCUGA